AGUAGAUCCUAUGAUCACAACGUGGAGUAUGUGGUCCACCAGGGAUUUGGUGUAAAUUUUAUGUGGAUGGUCUAAGUUCGUGUUCAAUUAACCAUGCAAGUCUCUAAUAUCAAUGAUGUGAAGAUCUAUAACCUAAGCUGCGGGAAGUCACUGCCCGAGUGGCUUUCUGACCGGAAAAAACGAGCGCUACAGAAGAAAGAUGUGGAUCUCCGGAGGAGGAUUGAGCUUAUCCAAGACUUUGACAUGCCCACAGUUAGUACAAACAUUAAAGUAUCCAGAGACGGACAGUACAUUAUUGCCACAGGAACCUACAAACCUCGCGUCCGCUGUUAUGACACUUACCAGCUGUCAUUAAAGUUUGAAAGAUGUCUUGAUUCAGAUGUGGUUAAAUUUGACAUCUUAUCAGAGGAUUACUCAAAGAUUAUCUUCCUUCAGUGUGACAGAUACGUUGAGCUCCAUUCACAACAUGGUCGCUACUUCAGGUUGAGGAUACCAAAGUUUGGCAGAGAUUUUUCCUAUCAUUAUCCGUCUUGUGACCUAUAUUUUGUUGGUGCAAGUUCUGAGGUGUUUCGUUUGAAUUUGGAACAAGGCCGGUAUUUGAAUUCCCUUCAGACAGAGGCAACCCAGAAUAAUGUCUGUGAUAUUAAUCCGGCGCAUUACUUAUUCGCUACUGGAACAGCGGAGGGUAAAGUGGAAUGCUGGGAUCCAAGGACAAGAAAUCGCGUUGGGAUACUUGACUGUGCUUUGAGCAGUGUUACUCCAGAUACAGAGAUAGAAGGUAUACCGUCCAUUUCAGCUCUCAAGUUUCAUGGCCCUUUACACAUGUCGGUUGGAACGUCAACUGGACAGGUCCUAUUGUAUGAUCUCCGAUCUAGUCGGCCGUUAAUUGUCAAAGAUCACCAGUAUGGUUUACCUAUCAAAUCAAUACAGUUUCAUAGUCCAUUAGAACUGAUCAUAUCUGCAGACUCCAGAAUUAUCAAAAUGUGGAAUAAAGAUACAGGUAAAAUAUUUACUUCUAUAGAGCCUGAGACAGAUGUUAAUGAUGUGUGCAUCUACCCAAAUUCAGGAAUGUUGUUUACUGCUAAUGAAGCUCCAAAAAUGAAUGUAUAUUAUAUUCCGGCUUUGGGACCUGCCCCCAAGUGGUGCUCAUUCUUGGACAAUCUGACUGAAGAACUAGAAGAAAACCCAGAGACCACUGUUUAUGAUGACUACAAGUUUGUAACUAAGAAAGAGCUAGAGGAACUUGGACUUGGCCAUCUGAUUGGAUCUCCCUUGCUUCGGGCGUACAUGCAUGGCUAUUUCAUUGAUAUACGGUUGUACCAUAAGGUGAAAGCAAUGGUAAAUCCGUUUGCUUAUGAGGAAUAUAAAAGGGAGAAGAUAAGGCAAAAGAUUGAAGAAACACGUGCUCAGAGGGUGCAAAUUAAGAAACUACCAAAGGUGAACAAAGAGCUGGCUCUGAAACUGAUCGAGGAAGAGGAUGAGCGACCGCUGCAUAAAAAGAAACAGAAGAAAAUGCCCAGCAUUCUUAGUGACGACCGAUUUAAAGUCAUGUUUGAGAAUCCACACUUCCAAGUGGAUGAGCAAAGUGAGGAGUACAGGCUGAUAAACCCACUGGUGUCUAAAGUCACAGAGAAAAGAAAGAAGAAGUUGAAGAUACUAGAAGACCUACAUCCCAAGGAGCAGGAGGAAGAGGAUGAACCAGAAGGAAAACCAAGUGAUGCAGAGAGUUCGGAAACUUCCGAUGAUGAAAAGGAAUGGGUCGUGGAGGUCAGGAAACAGCGCAAGCUCAUACGCCAAGAGGAAAGAGCAAAGAGGCAGGAAAGGAUGAAGGAGGAAGACCAGAAAACAACCCUGAAACCUCAGUUUUAUGAGAUAAAAGCAGGGGAAGAGUUCCGCAGUUUCCAGGAUGCAGCUAAGAAACAGAAACUAAUGAGAAAAACUCUGGAAGACCGGCUUAAGGUAGAAGAAAAACUUGGGGCAUUAAAUGUUUCUGACACUGCUGUGGGCAGCAAACAGUUAACUUUCAAACUAAAAAAGUCUGAACAACUUAAGAAACGUCAGGAAGCCUUAAAGCAACACCUUGAGGAGAGAAAAAAAUUACGUCGCUCAGCCGGACACUUAAAGAGCAAAUCUACAAAAGGACGGCCUUUUAAUUGACACACUAGGGACUUCUAAAUGUAAUACAUUGAAAAAUAUAGAACAAAAUCUGGGUAAAUCAAUGAGAACUUGACUUAAUUCAAAAACCUAUUAAAUAAAAAUCUGUCUUAUUUUUUACUUUAUAA